AUGUCUGAUACCUCAGAGACAAUCGAAAAAAAUGAAAAAAACAAUGAAGAAAAGGAUGAAUCGAAAGAUCAUUUGGCUUCAAUAUUGCCAAAAUAUAUAAGACAAGCUGAAGGUGUCUUGAGUAAAAAACAACUAAAGAAAAUAAAAAAUAAAAAAUUAAAAGGGACUUUACAACGUACUGAAAAAAGAUUUAAUGAUGCUGCACAAAAAGCAGCGCGCUCUGAAUUAUUAUUGACCGAGGAAGCUGGCCAACUUGAAGCUGAAGGAAUGGAGAAAACCUUUCAAAUUACACAAGAGAAAUUAAAAGAGCAUAUAGACAUAAGUUCGGCGUCAAAGAUAUUUAAUUUAGACUUACCCACUUUUGGGCCUUACGCUUUAGAUUACACUCGGAAUGGCCGAUACAUGUUAAUAGGUGGUCGAAAAGGUCAUAUUGCAACUUUUGACUGGCAAACAGGUCGUCUUGGCUGUGAAUUCCAUAUUAAGGAGACG